GUUGAUAGUAGAUAAAUAUAUGAAAUAUAUGGCCUGUAAUAGAAAUCUAUGCACAGAUAUAAUAGGAAGAAAGAUAAAUUGAUUUGUGGAUUGAUAAAUGAUGGAUAUGUCAGAUAGAUAGAAAAAUAUAUAUUAAUAAACAAAAAAGAAACAUACAUACUAACAAAGAUACAAACAAUAAGUAUAUAGAUAGAUGGUAGAUAUAAUGCAUAUAAAUGUGUAUUUACUGUACACACUUUUACUAAGUAAUUAUUGAUUUUUUUAAGGAACAUGGCAGAUCCCAUUUCUCAUAAAAGAAAACAAUUGCCAAAGUUGGCAGAUUAUAAAUAUCUCUUCUUUGAGUAAAUGAAGUCAACCCAGAAGUGUCCUUACCUCCUCUCAAAUCAAACCUUGUUUCUCUCAAUCAGAAAAGUCAGGCACGAGGACUAUAAAAACAAGUUGUUUCCCUUGUGCAUGUCCUAUUCUGUGGUGCUUCUGUGGUCCUCAAAGCAGAGACUACUCAGAAUUUACCUGAAGAGUAUUGUCUUGAGAAGAAGCCAACCCCACAGCUUUUGGGGAGUUGCAAAAAUGAAGACAGCAUCAUCACUGAUUGUGGUCCUUGUGACUCUUGCUGCUUGCUUCUCUUCUAAUGAAUGUCACAGAAGACCCUACCGCCACAGGCAUCAUCGUGGCCCUCUCCUACCAGGACAAGAUCCAUUUCUCUAUUAUCCACCUUACCUUCCCCCUAUACCACCCAGACAACCCUUUCCUCCUUACUUCCCACUUCCUCCCAAUAUUCCUUACUUUCCAAGACCAAGGCCAUUUCCACCAAUAAUUCCUAAUUUUCCUCCUAUUAAUCCUAUUGUUGUUACCACUUCUACCCAACCCACUACCACCACUACCACCACCACCACUGCUGCUCCCACCACUGCCGCUCCCACCACCACUGCUCCCACCAGUACUGCUUCUCCCACCACCGCUGCCAACCCAAAUACAACCACAGCUACUACUCCUAACAUUUUUUCUGACUUGUGGAAUAAGUUAAAUUCCUUUUUUGGAUGAGGAUGAGGCAAUAAAAUGCCCAAGGAUCUCAUCUCUUAAGAGAAAUUUAUCUGCAAAGGCAAAAGACAAAAUAAUCAUCCUUUCUCCAAACAUAAUUCUUAGUAACUGCAAAAAUAGAACUCUGAAACCUCAGAGAAUAUUCAUUAGUAUUGCUAUUAACAAUACUAUCAUGGAAUGCUAAAUAUUACAAAUUAUAGAUAAGGUUUCACUCCUCCAGUAACAUGGACCCAUGAAAUGAAACCCCUAAGUAAUGCAGGAUGCCAAGAAAUGACGAUCAAUACGAAAGAUGUCACCAAAAUGUAUAGAUGGGCAGAGGCAGAGGGCAAAAUUACAUUAUGAUUCAAUUUAUCUAGUUUUCCGCUAGUCCUCGAAAAAAAAUUACCCAUAUUGUGACAAAGACUAUGCAACAAAUACAAAAUGUCCUUGUGAGUAAUAAAUAUUUUGAAUUUUAAAAAAUAUGUAUACAUUUUAUUUAAAGUAUAAGAAAGACAAUUCUAAUAGGAAGAAAAUUUUUUUUAAAAAAAUCAUGGAAUCUUGAGCCAUGUCAAAAAACAAUCAUCAUUUUGUUAAGUGAUGGAUGUUAGAGUGGAUAGAGAUCUCAUAUCAAAACCUGGGAAAUCAGUGACCAAUAAUGGCAAGUCAUUUUAUCCUCCAAGUUUUAGAGACUUCUCAAAGAUUCAAAGACUGGAGAUGUUGACCUGUAUGGAGAGAGGAGCCCAAAGUAUAUUAUAUCAUAGUAUAUCACCAGGCAAUGAAGAAUAACCUAUUGAAAGCAACAUUUACCCAUCAUAAAUUGUAAAGUGAACCUUGAUUUUGCAUUGCAUGAUAGACUAAAUCUACUCUCAAUGUAAGGAUAAUAAUUGAAGGAUUUGAGGUCAUUUUUCCUUUCUGUCAAUACAUCUAACAAUUGUGGUCAAUGCUAUGUUGAUUUUUCCUAUCUAAUAAAUGUUUAAAGCAUCUAUUUA